AUGUCGUUCGACACGACGUUCUUCUCAAUACCUACAGAGGUUGCACAAUAUCUCCUCACUUUCUGCCAUCCGUGCGACGUCGUUGCCUUCUCGCGCACAUGUCGCACCGCUCACGCCCUCGUACAUAACUCAACAGACCAGUACCUCUGGCGCACCCUUUUCCUCACCUACCCCUUCGACGACCUGCGCAAAUCCCUUGACGCACCCCCAGACUCGUCUGCCAUUGACUGGAGAACACAGCUCAAGCGCCGAGUGCAUGCUGAGGUCGUCACAUCAAAACGAGUGGAGGGCACUCUAGACGAAAUGGCCGAGGUGUACAAUGUUCUCAGCGACGCUAUCGCCGCAUCUGCCCCCAUCAUCCCUGGUGGCUGGAACAGGCCUUCCUCAAACCUUGCAUGGGUCAGGAGAAAGCUCGACUGUUGCAGGAGGCCCGACCCCCUUCUUGAAGAAGCUUCGCCGUUCGCACGGCUCUCCUCCUUCCUCAUGCCUAUCAUCCUCACCCUCAGUCCCGGCGACGACAUUUUGUUCUCUAUUACUUCUCGGCGUGCAGCACGUACAUUCGUAUACGACUUGCGCAACUAUACUGAGGAGCGCUUAUGGGGCCCUUACCAGAAGGGCGGGCGGGCAGUCAACUGGCUGCACCUGCGCGCAGACAUCAUCGUGAUCACCAUGAACCUGCGCGAGUUCGGCAGGCACUGGCCGAAGGCGUUCCAGCCUCCGUUGUUGGUGCGCGGCCUGGAGGCGACGAGGGCCUACUCCGCGCCGGAAAUGUCCAGGCGCUCAGAGAGGGACUGGGCGGGCGUAGAGGGCCAUUGGAUGCGCGUUGUAUGCUUCUGCGACUAUCGAGACUUGAUCAGAUUCAAUUCGAAUGGCUGGAAUCCGGACCUCUUCGACGAUAACUAUGAAGAAGCCUCGCGACUGCUCCGGCUCUCCCUGCACGUCAUCUGCGUCGAGUCUGACCCGGCGGUGCUCGCGACGCUGCCCGAUCCACGGCGCCCGCCGAUCACAUUCGGGGGCACCAUGCGCGGAUUCAACUCGGACGAGGUGCUCGACCGCGCGGUCAAGGGGACGGUCAGCGUCAUGCCGGACGGGAACAUCCGCUGGAGCUUUGUGAGCGCAGCCUUGGAAACUUAUGUUUCGGUCUAUGAAAAUCACGAUCAGUGGAGCUCAGAAGGUGUUCAGAUAGGAAAUGUUUGCAGCGCAGCAGGCGUCGUGGGCGCGUGGAGCGGCGCGUUGCACGAACACGCUUCCUUGCGAAUUAUUCUUCAGGCGAUCCGUCAGGCGCGUAUUUUUUUUUUUAGCCAACUUUCUUCCCACUGUUUUCGUGACGGCAUCAGUAACGGAAGCUUCCGUUUUGCUUAUAGGCCCGUUCUGGUUAUUCAAGACUGUCGAGGGAAGGGCCAGAGAACCAUUCUCAGAAGCCGGCACAUAGGACAAUUUUUACUCAAUGAACUGGAGGGAAUCGUGGGUAUAUGUGUGUUCGAACAGGAUAUCAUGUCAUUUUCAUCUUCAUCUCUGCUCUGGUAUUAUUGGCUGCCAUACACUGUACUAUAUAUAUCGGGCAUCAUCGGAUAG